AGUAAUGGCAUUCUUGAUUUUCCCAAAGAGAAAACUAUUCAUCUUAACAUCCAUUUCCAUAGCCAUACUUAGCUGCUGCCACUCAGGAUAUGCAGAUGAAAACCCAGCUGAACGGGUUGCACAAGCCUUGUGGUGUUUCAACAAUAGAUUUAUUUACAGUGGUUGUGAUGAGGCAUAUAGAUUGAACGAGAGUGGAAUCUUAAAUGUGCCUUUUGAAGCUACUGAUUCCUUCUGUCGUGGACCUUGCUUAGCUGAAACACAUUAUGUGCUGAAUUGUGUUGAUAGAGUAUUAUCAAACUUCAUCUUCUCCAAUAAGGCCACUGUUCGCGACAUCAGAACCGCUGUCAAUAUGGGUUGCAGCUACAGCACCCAAAGAGGCAACUUCAACUGGGCAAGGUAUAUUCAAGGAGUGACAGGCAGUGCACAGAAAGUUGCAAAUUUCAACACCUUCAAUGCCGCCUUUGCAAUACUUGCAGGGACUUGUUUCUUGAUGUUAUAACUUUCUGUAAUGUUAAAAAUACGCCUGAGACUGGUUUAUGUGAUG